UAGUCUUUUUAACAGAAAAUGGGCGGGAAAACAUCUAUGAUGAGAGGGGGAAUGAAGCAAUGGAUAUUAUAGAUGAACCAGCCGACCCAUUUGCCAUCAAGCAACUAGUCAGCCUAGAUUCAGCGAAUAACAUUGAGAGGGAAACAUUCGUGCCUAAAAGCACUGAAAGAGCCCCCAAAUAUCGUGAUUAUAGCCUCUCUACAAGAGAGCUUUUUUUUAAAAACAAGAUAGAAAAGCUGACGUCAGUCAAGGCUGCUGCACUUCAUGUAGGUGUCAAAGAAAGCACUGCGCGCAUCUGGUGGAAAAAAUACCAAGAAGAUCCUGAUUCAUUUGUUCUCGGCAAGAGCACCAAUCGCCAGAACAGACCGAAACCACAGCUUCAGGAUACACAUAAGGAAUGCUUGAAACAAUUUUACGACGAGAAUCCUAAUGCCUAUAGGAUGCUGCUGAAACGCUCACGAGCAAUGCAUGAAUUCAUGAAGAACGAAUGUAGCUUGACUUUCAAGCAAACGACUCUCUGGUCUGAGGCAAGAAUGAGUUCGAGCACUAUUAAGAAACGUUACAAUUGGGUUGCAUGGGCACCAAGGGACUCAAUGGCAGUAACUACUACAUCUACGACAAAAGCCCCCACUCAUACCAUUCUUGGUGCUAUUUCAGCAGUUGGUGUUAUAAAUUUGAAUAUACGUAUUCCAAGACAGCCACCAAAAGUGAGAAAAAUUCAAGGUAAGGAGGUAGUCCGAAAGUAG